UAUAAGAAAUUUUGUUUUGUUUGUGUUUGUAUUCAUUUUUAUAAUUAUUAUCAAUUUUGCGAGCGAAGGAGUCUCUUGUUUAUUGUGAUCUAAUCAGUUAACAAUAUUUUAAAUUCGUUCUAGAUUUGUGUUAAAUUAAGUAACUUUUAAAAGAUAAUGUCUAACGAAGACUUACAAAGAGAACUAGAAUGCCCAAUUUGUUUGAACUAUUUACAAAUUCCGAUACGGAUGUGUACAACAGGUCACAGCCUAUGUGAUACCUGCAGGAACAAGUUAACCGUUUGUCCUAUGUGCCUAUCUGGAUUUUCCAAUGGAUCUAAUAGGUCACUCGAAAGCAUAAUUCCUUUACUUAAGAUUCCUUGUAAAUUUCGUGAUAAAGGAUGUCAAGAUCUUUUGUUUCAUGUUGAUAGAUUAGCACACGAAGUUGAUUGUCCACACCAAGGAAUAAGUUGUCCUCGAUGUUCAUUUAACAGCUCAAUUACUGAUAUGGAAAAGCACUGUCGUGAUACACAUUGUGCUCAAAAUUUAGAACAAUAUAACAACUGUUCCAUGUUCUUUUUCGAAACUCUGAUGGGAUCUUCAGUUAAUGGUAUUGUCCAAAAAGAUGGCAAAUACUUUUGGUUACGAGCUUUUAAGAAUUCUGAAAAUAAUAUACUUUUUUCUGUCGAGAUGGUUGGCACCAAAGAAGAAGCUUCAAAAUAUAGUUAUAAAUUAAUAUUUAGUAAGGAAAUACAAAAAAUAUGUUUUGAGGAUACUUGUAAACCUUUAGGCCUUAGUAAUAAGCUAUCUGCACCGGGUAAAAGUUUCAAUUUGAGUGUUCCUGAUAUUGAGAGUUUUCUAGAGGAUUGGAAUAUUAGUAUAACUGUAGAAAAUAUUAAAUUAAAGCAUAACAUUCUGAAGCUGUUUUCAAAUUAUACUAAAAAUAAGAUUAAGUUAGUCUUAAAUUUAUUAUUUUCAAUUUUGCUUGCCAUAGUACUAUAUUAUAUCAUGUUUCGGCCAAAAUGAGAAAUCAACAAAAUCAACUAAAUAAUAUAAAGACAAACAUAAACAUAAGAAUGAAAGUUAUAAGUUUGCCAGUUAUUUUAAUGAUUUUUCAUCAUCAUUUUGGACGACGCUCGUGUCAUUUGUCAUACUGUACCUUACUGAAUAUUUGUUUAAAGUUUUAAAAAAAUUGGUUUAUUAUACCUAUAUUAUUUUAUUUAAUAUUGUAAUUUUAUUUAUUUUACUUUUCAGAUUCAUAAUUAUAAUAACGAAUCUAAGGUGAUUUUUUCUCUUAUACAGUGAGGACGUUUGAGUUGGAAUAAAUUCAUUUUCUCAAGAAUGGGCGAACCCGAAGAUAAAUCCCGAAACAGGUUGAUUUUUAUUUUUAAAUUAAAAUUUUUUGGCAUAUAUAUCAUACUACUGAUGCCAUCCAUCUGGGCGUGAUGAUGUAUUCGAUGAUUUUUUAAGUGAGAAUAGAAGUCGUGUGAUAGCUCGUUCGAAAGGUUAUUCAAUGCUCUAUUCACCAAUAUAAACAUUAACAUAAUUAUUUAUAUAGGGUGUCCAAAAAUUUUUUUUUUAAUUAAAUUAAUGGAGACAAAAAGAAGAAUGUAUAUAAUUUACCUAAUUCGAGAUACAUUUUUAUUUUAUAAAUAAAUAUUAUUUUUCGCAUAAAUUCAGUAUUAAAGCUGCCACCCACUUGCCUCUUAGUAGUUUGAACAUUUAAUUUAAGGGAAAAGCAAUGCUUAUUGUUCAAAUUAACAUUUUUUUUCUGUUUUCUGACAGCAGUAAAAUGUAUUUUGGAUUAAAUAAAUUACAUACAUUCUUCAUUUUGUCUUAAUUAAUUUAAUUAACAAAAAUUUUUGGGCGCCCUCUAUAAAUAAUUAUUUUAAUGUUUAUAUUAGUGAAAAGAGAAUUGAAUAACCUUUCGAAUAAUCAUCGAUUACGUCAUCACGCCCAGAUGGAUGACGCUACUAGUAUGAUAUAUAUUAUGCCAAAAAAUUAGAAUUUAAAAAUAAAUAUCGACCAGUUUCGGGAUUUAUCUCCAGAGUCGACCACUCUUGAGAAAAUGAAUUUAUUCCAACUCAAACGUCCUCACUGUAUGUAUGACAAUAUAGGCAAGAGAUAGCUGUGCAUUCUCCAAAAUUUUCGCUGUUAUUAACUGUUUUAAGAAACUGCUGUUAAGAUCAUUUAUGAAAAAAAUCACAACGUCGACAGAUUUUUUAAAAUAA